AAAAAAAUCAUUAAAAAAUACAGAAGUCGGCAACUGAUGUGAGUUGAAGGAACACAAGUAUAUAUUAAGCUGUAUUUUGCAUUCUCUCUCGAGUCUCCUUGAAACAACAAAUAAUACAACAUGGCCUUCCUAGCGCGCGCGGGGUUGCUGAGCGGACUGAGGGCGGCUGGGAGGUUGCAGCUGGCGAGGGCCGUCGCCACUGCAUCGAAGGCCACCAGGGUCGGCGUCGUGGGCUGCGGCAACGUGGGCAACGCCGUGGCCAACAACCUCAGCCGGAAGGGCUUCACGGUCGCCGCUGCCUUUGACACGGACGCGUCGCGGGUGGCCGCCAUGCCCGCGGGCGUCGCCGUCGCCAGAUCGCCCAGGGAAGUGGCCGAGAUGUGUGACGUCAUCGUUACAGGGCUACCGCGUCCCCCUAACGUAAAAGCCGCAGCCGAAGGACCCGACGGCAUCCUAGCGGGCCUGAGCGAGGACAAGGUGUGGAUCGACCAUUCCACCACCGACUACGAGCAGACGCUGGCGUUCGGGGAAGAAGCGGAGGCGAGGGGCGGCCACGUCCUGGAGGCUCCCAUCACGGGCGGCUUGGAGGCGCUGAAGAAGGGCCAGAUGGUCGUCCACGUCGGCGGAGACCAGCAGGUGGCCGACGCCAUGAGACCCAUUCUUGACGCGUCCUAUAACGAAGUUUUCUACGUCGGCAAGAUCGGUUCCGCCAUGAUGGUCAAGGUGGUGUCCAACAUGCUCGCCUGCGUCCACAUCAUUGCCAUGGGCGAAGUCCUCAUGCUGGCCAAGCGCUCCGGCCUCAACCUGAAGACCUUCUGGGACGCCAUCCGGGUGAGCGCCGGCAACAGCUUCGUGUGGGAGACGGGGGCGCCGCUCAUCUUCAACGGCUGCUACGACCCGGGCUUCACGAUGGCGCUGCAGAACAAGGACCUCCAGCUCGGAUACGACAUGGCGAGGAAGUUCGAGGUGCCAAUGGACAUGCACCAGCUGGCUCUCAGCAUCUACCGCCGCACGCAGUACCAGCUGGGUGACGAGGCAGGCUGCUACUCCCCGCCCAAGACCUACGAGCUGGCGUUGGGCGAAAGUCUGCAGGUCCAGGACUUUAAAGACUGGACCUACGAUAACGAGAUUUACAAGGGCUCGCUUGUGGUCUCCCAUAACAACAUCGACUAAACGAGAGAACAAGGGGACAGCCUAAUUAGCCUUUUUUGCGGAAAAUGGCAAAACAGUUUACUUGUAGAUACAUAUGAAUUCUGUUUUGCUAGGUGUUGAUUUUGGGAAAAGCGAAACUAUUAAACACUAUGAUCUGAGAGAUUA